AUUUAUAAAUAAAUUUCAACUGUCAAACUCAAAAUCGAUAGUAAUUUUUAUUCUAUUUCUUCUCAAAAUUUCAAAGUAAAUAUAAUUCAAAAUGAAUAAAGGAAAAAUCACAUUUGGUAAAAUACAGCUUAAAUCAAACUCCGUUGCUGAUAAAGACGUCCCAGUUGCGACAGCAUCCGGUGGUUUUGGCUCAUUUGGACGCGUAGAACCUGCUCCGGAACCGGGUCCAUCCGGAUCCAGUAGGUUGUUACCAGAUGUUGAUAAGAUAGCCACAGAUCUGGAGAACAGCCGCAUGCAAGAGGUAAUGGGAAUCAGCGGAUUCGGUCGGAAGGCCAAACAAUUCGACAUCAACGAAAUGAUUCAGAAAGCCAAACAGAACGCUCCCAAAGCGGAAGAGGAUCCGAAUGCAAUUCGGGUGGAGGAACCGACAGAUCGUGGGGGUGGCACUGGAUCGUCGGAUGAUGAUAGCGAUGGGGAGAUGAUUGGACCCAUACCAACGAUGGCGCCCGGCGAUGGGAAGAACAAGAAAAAGGAACGCAGGGACAGCGCUGAGGAUAGCGACGAGGAUGACGAAGAUGAAGACGAUUUUGACGAGGAUGCUCCAAUCAAUAAAAUUCCUAACUCUCAUGAGGUGGAAAUGCGACACGGCUCAAAGGCGGUAAUUUCGCUUGCAGCAGAUCCAUCUGGGGUAAGGUUGGCAUCAGGAUCCGUGGAUUACAAUUUGAACUUUUGGGACUUUUCCGGUAUGGACAAAUCGAUGAAGAGCUUUAGGAGUUUACAGCCUUGUGAAAACCAUCCGAUAAGAGAUUUGCAUUAUUCGACCACCGGGGACAUGAUUCUUGUGGUGUCCGGCAGUUCUCAAGCUAAAGUUUUGGACAGAGAUGGCUUCGAAAAGAUGGAAUGCGUUAAAGGCGAUCAGUACAUAACGGAUAUGAUCAGAACCAAAGGCCACGUGGCCGGAUUAACGGGAGGUUGUUGGAAUUUUGUCAAAAAGGAUGAAUUCUUGACCAGCGCAAUGGAUUCGACUUUGCGGACAUGGGUUUUUGCCAAAUCGAAAGAACAGAAAAAUGUGAUUAAGACAAGAGCCCAAGGAGGCUUAAAGACAGUUCCAACGGCUUGCACAUACAAUCGGGAUGGAACAUUGAUUGCGGCGGGAUGUAGUGACGGCUCGAUUCAAACUUGGGACACGCGGAAGAUGUUCGUCAAUACGACGCAUUGCGUGAGAGAUGCCCAUGCCAAGGGAAGUGAUAUUUCCUCGAUUCUGUUCUCAUACGCAGGCCAAGUUCUCGCUACAAGAUCAACAGACGAGACACUAAAAUUAUGGGAUCUACGAGCAUUUAAGAAACCUUUACACGAAUUUGGAAAUCUCUUCUCUCGGUAUGACACCACGGAUUGUUGCUUCAGCCCAGAUGACACGAUGGUCCUAACUGGAGAAUCGUUGCCCAAAGGACAAAAGCAAGCGCGUUUGUACUUCUUCGACACUAAAACAUUUGAAACCGUUGCGACCAUUCCGAUCACGGACUCUCACAUUAUUCGAGCUCAUUGGCAUCCGAAGUUGAAUCAAGUUUUUGUGGGAUGUGGAAACGGGAUCAUUCGUGGUCUAUACGACGAAAAGCGAAGUAUGAGAGGAGCUAAGCUGUGUGUCGUCCGAACCUAUCGCAAGAAGAAAGAUAUGGAAAUGGUCGGAACGACUCAGGUCAUAACUCCUCACGCACUUCCUAUGUUCCGACAGGAGAAGUCCCGUUCACACCGUAAAAAACUCGAAAAAGAUCGUCUGGAUCCCGUCAAAUCCAGAAGGCCGGACCUACCGAUCACCAGCGGUCAAGGCGGACGAGUGGCGAGUUCGGGAGGAACACUUUCUUCGUAUGUCAUCAGAAAUCUUGGACUUAGCAAGAGGGUGGAAGACGACCAAGAUCCGCGCGAGGCCAUCCUAAAAUACGCUAAAGAGGCGGCCGAGAAUCCCUACUGGAUCUCUCCAGCUUACAACAAAACUCAACCCAAGCCCAUUUUCAACACUGAAGACGAACCGGACAGUAAGAAACCAAAAACCGAAUAAUUUUCCAUAAUUCAAUAAAUUUGACUCACUUUAAA